AUGAUCUGCCCCGGCAUUGUAUUCAUUGAAAACGAGUCAACCGCACGCAAGAUCAGGAGCCGGGCGCCAGAAACGAGAGUGGAUCAUGGAAGCCUGGCCUCGUCGGUGAUGAUGGCAGAUACUGGUAGUGGUGGGGUUGAGAGCGCGAAAGGGACGCGGCGUGGCGGUGCAUCGACGUGCUCGGUGCAGCCCUAUAGGCGACUAUACGCGGCCGUGCCACUAUUGGGGUGCAGCCAGAGUGGUGGCACGGGGCGGAGCGAUGCCGAUAGGAGGGUUGCAGCCGGCCUCUCGCCGGCUGCUUUUUCGGAGGGUUGGAUCAGCGCGAUGCUCGAUGCGCGCCGCGAACCCCCGAAGCCCGACGACGACCUGCAACUACCAGCGCCUACGAAUAGCCGGCCGCGGAUCGUCCUCGAUGCAAGCUUGCUUCCUUCGACCUUUGCUACCCUACGUCGAGAUCCUGUGUAUCUAGCGCUAUGA